AUGGGGCAGACCACGUCCAUGCAGGAGGACAAGAUGAAGAAGCGCAUCCGCCAGGCCAUGGGCACGUUCAUGGACUUUGGCACGCACCUGCAAAAUGCCAACGAGUGGGCCCAGAUCUGCGCGACGCCCAAGAACUGCUACCUGUCGUUCCGCAUCGUGGUGGACCCGAACGUGUCGGCCGAGCUGCUGCCCUACGUGUGGCGCAUCCGCGGCAACGUGGCCGUCGAGGUGCGCAAGAUGCGCCGCCCCGUGGAGCUGCAGCUCGACCUGGGCGACUUCCGCGUCGAGAUCCCGCGCGACGCGGCGUACGAGCGCGAGAGCUCGGAGACCAUCGGCCAGGCCAAGACCCUCACGGUCGCGCAGUUCUACUACAUCUACUGCUUCCUCUCGGACGUCAAGGCCUGCGCCGCGCACACCGUGCGCUUCCCCGAGAAGACCACGAGUACUGGGGACACGGACUUUGACGAGACCGAGUGCCAGAUCUGCAUGGACAAGAAGAAACAGGUCGCGCUGCCCUGCGCACAUAGCUUCUGCCUUAACUGCUUCCAGCACUGGAGCACGCAGAGCCAGACGUGUCCGAUCUGCCGCGCGCAGUUCAAUUGUUCGGAGGGCGACGAGCUGUGGCAGCUUACGUCGGACGAGGUGGAGGACCUGGGCUCGUACGCGACGGACCUGGUGGCACGAAUCUACGAAUACCUGGACAAGCGCGACAGGUCGAAGUACACGGACGAAGACAUCAAGCGGUCCGCGGAGUUGUACUCGGCCGCGAUCGCGGUGAAGCAGACGCCGCUGCGCAAGUUCGUACACACAGACUUGUUCCCGACAGCACUGCCGCUCGGGUUCCCCUCCAUUCUGCGCAGCGGGAUCCGGCUCGCGACGGAGUUCGACUCGGACUUGAUGCUGGCGCUGGAGCUCGCAUCGGGCGAGGACCAGUACGCAGCCAUGCAGCAUUUCGAGCAGCUCCAGCGCGACCAGAUGCUUGCCGUAACGAUGGCCAUGCAAGCGGACGCAGAAGACAGUCCGAACGAGUCGUGA